AUAUGUAAGCGCCGGCCGAGGAGCUCUUCGGUGAACGUUAUUAGCCUGAGGGUGACCAACACGACGCAAUAUUGGCAGCGCAAGUCCCUCUUGUAGCGGGCAACGAUAAACAUAAAAGGCUCAGAAAAGUCCCCUCGAGGUUGUCUCGUCAUCCUACCAGAUUAUUAUGAACGCCUGCUUGACUGUUAAACUGUCCCCUCAGGUACGAGAGCCAACAUCCAUCCACGAAGUUGAUCGCCCUAACACUCGGUCAAAGGUUACAGCCGUAUCAUUUCAAGUGUCGUCCUCUUCCUCGCUACACUAACAAUACCUCCCCACCUUUGAUCCGUUCAGGACAAUCGUCCACCUCAUUAACCACUCGUCGAUCUCGAUCAUGUGCACUCAAUAUUAUCACCUGUACCAGUGUGGAUGCAGACAGAAGGGAGAAUUCGUGCAGUGCGAUCGAUUGUACAACAGUCAAUCGAACUUGCAAUGCUCGCGGAUGGACAGAGAUGACAAGAUAUCACGCAACUAUUGUCCCAAACACCUUCCAAAGGAAGACAAGGCUACAACAGAAUAUCGGGGUCGGUAUCCUAGGGACUGAGCUGGAUGUCGGGCGGAGAAGUACAAGUACGAGGCUGCGAGUAGGAUAGAUAAGUUGAUGUGGCGGAGUGGGCAAUGAGAACGACGCAGCAGUCUGGAGU